AUGUUGUACUCUCUGCUGGCAGAGAACAAACACAUUCUCCAGGAGCUCAGGAUUGUGCUCUUGGGACACGACUGGCUGGAGAAGAGUUUGACAGGAAACACUAUCCUCGGCCGUCAGAUGUUUGACACCAGCAGAGACGUGAAGAUGUGUGUUAAGAGACAAACUAUUCUUGAUAAAGGACUUAAAGUGGUUGUGGUCAGUACCCCUGAAAGAUGGAUUCACUAUUCUGUCCAAGACUCCGGCCUGUUAAAUAUGAACACAGCAGCCUGCGUGGCCAUGUGCCCACCGGGACCUCAUGCUUUCCUCAUGGUUAUACCGAUCAGCUCGCACAGAGGUCGGGAAUGGACAGUAGAGGGACCUCUGGAGCAGUUAAAUGACACCCUGUGGAGGAACACAAUAGUAAUAUUCACGAGAUAUGAGCAGCUGAGAGGGAUGUCUGUGGAGAGUUACAUUGCAAAAUACAAGUUUCUGAAAACCCUUUUGGACAAAUGCAUGUAUAGAUACCACCUUUUAGAUACAAGCACUUGGGGAGAAGAUGAUCCCACUCAGGUUAAAGAACUUUUUGAGAAGAUUCUUGCAGUGGGUGAAGAAAACAUAAAAGCAGGAGGAGUUGGUUAUGUGACUAGAAAUGACGAACUGACCAGGAUAACAGAGAGCCAAAGGAAAAAAGUGGUGGAGAGGGCGACUUUAAGGCGAAUGAAUGUGCAUAUGGUUAAAAGAACCCUCACAUUUCUACUGGGAGAGUUUCCCCCAAUUUCAGCGCUUCGAAUUCUGGUGGUGGGACCGAAGCAGGCUGGGAAGAGCUCAGCUGGAAACACUCUUCUUUGUGGUGAAGUCUUUGCUGUGGGACAGUCAACAUCACAGGUCACUGAGAGGGAGGGUGGUGCUGGCAAACUGCAAAUAACUGUUGUGGACACUCCAGGAUGGCAUGGACGAUACUGUUCCGAGGACACUCCAUGGGAAGUACAGGAUCUAAUUACUAGCAGUGCAUCCCCGUGGGCUCCUACUCCUCAUGCUGUCCUGGUGGUUGUACGUGCCGAUGAGACCUUCACUGAAACCGACAGAAUUAGAGUGGAGGAACACUUAAGCUUGUUCGGUCUCUGGGUGUGGAUGCGAAGUAUUGUGUUGUUCACCUGGGGAGACAAACUGGGAGUCACUCCCAUUGAGGAGCACAUUGAAAGAUGGCCAGCUCUGCAGCAGCUUGUGGACAAAUGUGGAAACAGAUAUCAUGUUUUUGAUAACUUAAACAGGGUCGGAGACAUCCAGGUUAGAGCACUACUGGAGAAGAUUGAGGAGACGGUGGUGGAGAACGAUGCCAGAUACUUGGUACAGAGUUUCAUGAAUCUCCAGGAAAGCAACAAAAAGCUGGAGAAAAGCUCCAAAAAGACUGUGAGGCAACUGAAGAAGGUUAAAGCAGAGAAUGAUGUCCUGAGAAAAACAGUUGAGGAGAGGGAAAGGACAGUUCAGGCUUUGAAGGUGACAACAGAAGAUGAGAAGGAGUGGUUAAAGAAAGAUUAUGAAGAAAAGAUAAGCAUUCUAAACACUGAAAACACUCAACUCAAGAAGGACAUUAUGGAAAAAGACAGGGUGAUAAAAGAGCUGAGUGUAGUGAAAAGACAUUUCAUAAAGUCUACAAAGCAAAGGAGUGAAGGGGACAAAGAAAAGCUUGAGGAAAAGAUGAAGGCGCAAGAGCAAGAAAUUGCAGGCUUAAAGAAAAUGUGUGUAAAGAAAGAAAAAGACACGGCGCAAAUGCUGAUGGAUCACAGGCAAGAAGUGAUGAAGCUCAAAGAGAUGACUGAACAGCUGAAAAAAGAAAAUGAAGAUGCAAAGAAAAUGUUGAAAGUGACGAUCAGUAGGAUGCAGAGGCACUACAAAGAGACGGAAACUAACGGGACAAAUAAGAUGAACACCGUGCACUUUAAUAAAGGUGAUCAUGGAAAAACUGUGACAGACCUAAAGUUGCUGGAGGAACUUAGCAGAAGACCAAAAUGGGCAUUCACAAUACCUUCAAAUCAUCAUCGACAUGUCAUCAACCACCUUCCAGAAGCAGAGCAGAAGAACCUGGAUGUGCCGGACAGCGGUGCCAAUGUCCAACACAAGAAAGAGUCUGCAAACCCAGCGAGCAGACAUGAAGCAGGCCUGACUUCAUCAUGGCUCAGAGCCGGAGGCGCAGCUCUCGGAGCAGCAGCUGGAGCCUUUGUGGCCUCAUCCAGGGUGGGCACAGGGAUGAAUGCCAGGUCAGCUGGCUGGGCUGCAGCUGGGGCUCUCCUGGGCAGCUUAUUGGUCCAAUAA